CACGUUCUCGCCACUAUCUUUGUCCGCUUGCGGCAACUCCUUGCUUGCGCCGUCAAGCCUUGACAUUUGGAAGCCUGCCCACUCGUGCCAGAAUUUGCAUUAUUCAACUUGCAUUCAGUCGCACAGGCGUUUGACCAGGAAUAUUGAGUGAAUGCAGUCGAUUCUCGGGCGUCAUGGGCGAGCAGCAAAACCAUGUGGACAGUGUAAACGAGUGGGGUACGCUCUCGUGCAGGCUAACCCACAUGGCUUCAGGGCCGGUGCAGUGGCACAGUGUGCUGCUCCACGCGCCUCCAGUCAGGUGCCGCCAUCAGGCCAUACCACCAACCCGGAACCUGUCCUGACACCGGAGGUUGAGGCGCUGUUUCCCGGUGGCGAGUUCAGCGAGCACAUGCAGGUUCGUGACUACGAGUUGGACCAGUUCAAUGUGGUUAACAAUGCCGUGUACAGCAGCUACUUCCAACACGGGCGACACGAGGCGCUUGCAAUGCUGGGUCAUGAUGUUGACGCGUAUGCUCGGGAUGGAACACCAUUGGCGCUGUCACAGCUGAACAUUGCCUUCCGAGCUCCCCUCAGAUCCCGGGAUAAGUUCCGUGUCACAGUGGCGGUGGCCAAGGUGACAGCUGCACGGCUGGUCCUGCAGCAGCGCAUCUUUCGCCAGCUUCCAGGGGAUGGGGAGGAGCUGUCUGCCAGUGCGGAGGCCACAGUGGUGUUCCUGGACUCACGUUACCAGGCAACCCGUGUGCCCAAGCCAGUUGCAAGGCUCUUCCAGGCACUUGCAGACAUGCAGGCGACUAGCAUCAUUAAUGGUGGUGGAGCUGAUGGAGCAAGCAAGUAGGGCACACGGUAUGCACUGUAUUGGUCACCGCUACAUGCAGAGCGUGUAGCAGCAAUCAGCAGCAGGCUACAUGUCGGCUAGGGAGGCUGGGGAGCAGCAUGGCGGUCCUCCCCAGGGGCCCAGUCACCUGACAAGCCUUGUCCCAGAUCCUCUCGCGCUCCGACGCCCAUGUGGGAUGGACGCCCUUGUGGAUGGGCGAGUGCUUUAAGGCCCCCGGCACAUAAGUCGUGCACCAAAAUGCAACAGGGAGCUAGCUGGCUGGGAGCUGGGCUGGUCAGCUGGGAGGCCAGCUUGCAUGGGCAUGUGGCAGCAGUAGUGGCAGCAGCGGUGGGAGAAGCAACGGUGCCAGCGGCAGCGGUGGGCAGCUCAGCGGCAACAUCAGCGGUGUCGGAGCACUGCGCAAGGUGCGGUACACAGGAGAAGGGCAGCCACUGGCGGUGAGAGUCAGGUGCGUGCAGCUGUGUGUGCCACCUUGCAACGGCAUGUACGUCAAGUGGUUGUACAUCAGGGAGCAGCACCACGAGCACCUUGCUAUCGGCUUCCGUGUGCCGUGCGGCCGAGGCUGCACGGGAUGCAAGCCUUACGAUCAGUAGCGCCCCGCGUGUGGGGCCGCUAUGGUGGCGGGCAUGGUGGCAGGCGCUGGUACAUGUGUAUCAUGCUGGUAUGAGCCAAGUAGGCGACACGCGCACGAUGUUCGGACAUGAUUGGCACGGCAUACAAUACUGGUUAGCGUGAACGUCGACAAGUUUCUCUACUGUUUGAAGGCUGGAACCUGGCAACGUGGUAGUCAGGUGCAUGUGCGCAAUACCUUCGUUUGCCGGGCGGAGGCCAGACGUAUGGGGCCUUCGACGCUAUGUGAAACAUUUGAGGGGAAUGCCUUGGACCUUAGCGGCAUUGAAAUUUGGCCGCCAGCAUGCUACACUGAGAUGCACGGAUGGGGAAUGGGAGCAAACAGUGUCUGUUUGUGGUCCGUAGUGGUCAUCCAGGCUUGUGACUUGGACUGUCAAUCAGUGGCGACUGCGCAUUCGAAGUUGAGAUCCGCACACCGUUUGCAUAUGGCACGAAUCAUUUAUUGUUAUGUCACGCUUUGGAUGGAAAGUGGCUGUGUAAUGCGCGAUGUCAGGCGGAGCUGGGGGCAAUGCGGGGAUAGAAACAGACGAGACGGGUUUGCGGCAUCGACACGUCGCUGCUGGAGCAGUUGGGCCCUGCUCCUGUCGCAAGCACGCGGAACACAAGAUGUAAUGCUAUGUUUAUGGCAAUUUUGUCACAUGCGAGUCAGGUUGGAGCCGGGCGCGGGUCGGGGCCGAUUGCGGCCGUGGACUUGUGUAUACUCUCGCCCGCUGAGCUGCUGCUUACCGCGUAUGCCCGGCCACAACUUACUGAACUAACAUGUUUCGUUUGUCGUUCCUGCUCUUGCGGCUCCUGGCGUGCAGUCGCAGUUUGUAACUUCAUUUACAG